GGGCAAGCUGCAUGCAAGCGAGGCGCUGCGUGGCAACUGCAACCCAAGAGCCGCCAGACGCACCUGAUGCCGCCAAGCAGGUUCGAAACUCGUUGGGUCCACCCCCGCGCCAGGCGGCCAUGAGCUGGGCGUCGGGGCCGCACAGGUCGAGGUCGCCCCAUGGCCAGGACAGCACCCAUGGCGUGCUCAAGAUCGUCAGGACGCGGAGUGGCGGGGACAUUCCAGUGCUGGCGUUGGAGCCGACGUCCGCCUUCCACAAGAACGCGUCGUGGAGGCUGCAGUCGGCCUUGGGAUGCUGGGGGAAGGCCUGCUCUCAGUUCGAGUAUGUGGAUGACGACGAGAUCGCUCAGCAAACCCGCAAACUCGGAUUCGACGACGACGAGGUCCGGGCGGUCCGUCUCAAGGGCAAGAACAAGCGGCACAUCCAGGCCGUGGGCCUCGGCGACAAACACUCGGUGAUGGUGGCGCUCGUCGUGGCGAUGGCCCUGAAAGAAACGGACUCCAUCAGCCACUUGUUUGCCGAGCUAAGGGAUCACAAGUUGGACGGGCAUUUGCCAACCUCCUGAACAGCUCCAUUGCAGAUACGGGUGAACGCAGCGGCAGGGACAGGGGCAAUGCCCAUCACUCGAGCGGCGCCAGGGGCUCACGGCAGCGCGGUCGCUGCGGAGGCUCUCCGCAGCGCGACGAUCGGAGCGAGCGGCGGCCCCAGGAGGCGGGCUGGAGCGGCCCGGGCCGCCCGCACCGACAUGGGGACGCGGACAGGCGGCGAGCUGGCGACGGCGCGCGGCACGGCGGGAGCUGCUCCUUCCGCGGGAGCCGGGCGCUCGAGCGGCGCAGGCCGAGGGAGCGGGGAGGACGGCAGCGACGGGGGCAGGCACGGCGAGGGUUCUGACAGGCAGCCGCGCGAGCGGCCCAGGCUCGCCAGUGGAGGAGACAUCGACCUGGAGGGCGUCGGGCUCGACAUCGUGCAUCGAAGACGCCCUCGGCGAGCCACCGGCGUCCCCUGCUUUUCGGAGACACUCGCGUCGUGUGAUGUCGAGCGAGAGUGUGGCCGCGCUGGAGGACGGCAUGCUUCCCCAACGUGGUGGGGUUGGAUAAGAUUUUCCUCGCUUCACGAGAACGCCUCUUGGUUGCUUCAGGCCGCCACGGGCACGGGCAAAGCCGACGGGGCAUACGAGUACACGACGGAUCUUGAUAUCAUGAAUUUGUGCCAUCGGAAGGGCCUCUCAAACUAGGAUGUCAGCAUAGUGCAGUUGAAGGCGCGCAAUCUGCGACAUGUGAAGGCUGUGGGUACCGGCGGUAAGCGAUCCUUAAUGUUCGCUUUGGUGCUAGCCGUGAUCCUCCAGCAGGAAGUGACGCUCGAGAAGGUGAUGUCGGACGUGAGGGCGUAUGGCUUUGGUCUCGAGAAGCAGUUGCGAGGUUUCGUCACGGCAGCGGCCCGCAUGGCGGAGCAGCGCAAAGCACAAGAACGUCGCCACCGCGGCGGGCGCUCCUCGGCAUCAUUGCGAUAUCGGUAAGAGCCCUUGCCGGUGCCCAAGGCGUUUGCUCAUUCCCAUGUUCGGCAUGGUUCGUGACCAGUGA